CCACCCCCUCUUUCAGGCUGGAACCUGCUGGAGUCCAGUGGAUGACACCAGGUCUUAGGAAAUAUUCUUGUCAACUCACAAUUGAUCCAGAAACUGUAAACCAAGAACUUCAACUCUCUGACAACAACAAGAAGGUGACAUACAUGGAGGAGGAGGAAGCAUUUCCUGAUCAUCCAGAGAGAUUUGACAGUCGCUGGCCUCAGCUGCUGUGUACAGAUGCUCUGAGCGGCCGCUGUUACUGGGAGGUUAAGUGGAGUGGGAUUGUUUAUAUAUCAGUGAGUUACAGACGAACUGAAAGGAAAGAAAACAAUGAAAAGUCUGUGUUUGGCUGGAAUGAUCAGUCAUGGAGUCUGGAAUGCUCUAAUCUUGGUUACGCUGUCUGGCACAAUGACGAAAAGACAUCCAUCACAUCCUCGUCCCCCAACUCUUUACUAUCCUUCAUGACUUCCUCCUUCUCUGUCACUUGGAAAGUAGCAGUGUAUGUAGACUGUGAUGCUGGCAUCCUGUCCUUCUACAAAGUGUUAUCUGGAAAACCAAUCCACCUUCACACCUUUAACACCACAUUCAAGGAACCUCUUUAUCCUGGAUUUACAGUCUGGCCUGGCUCCUCUGUGUGUCUUCUUUAAUAGCAAAGAAUCUUCUCCUGUCAGACAAACAGAUUGUUCAGUGUGUAAAUAUUUAUUAUAAUUAUUGUUCUGUUCAUGUCAAAUGAAGUUGUUUUGCUGCACUUGUAAUAAACUGUGAGACUAGAAAUGCAUCACGGAAAAAAUGAAGAAAGGGCAGGACCAGUACUGUGAACUGGGACACCCCUGCAUUCUGAAGUGUUCUUCAAGAGAAUAAUUUAAACAUAUGUAGGCCUAUAUGCUGUCUAGACUGGUCUUAACAGGA